UGGGGCAGUGGAUUUAAGGAGCCGGGGGCAGGAAGAGGUGGAGUGCAGAGCAUCAGAAGCAGAGGAAAGUCCUACCAGCCACCGACUCCGCCUGGACCCCCCUGCGGCUUCUACAAGAGAUUACAGCACAAAUAUAAAGUGGCUCUGAAGGUACCAGACCAUCCAUGAAAAUGCAGGAAAACCCAGACAGAAACACCACCUACACAGACUUCAUCUUAGUCGGUUUCUCUGGACCUCAGGAGUGGCGACAACUGCUCUUCAUCCCUUUUCUACUCAUAUUCUUAAUUGCAGUUUCUGCAAACUUAUUUCUGAUCUUUAUAAUUCUGUCACAGAGGUCCCUGCACUCCCCCAUGUACCUCCUAAUAUGUGCAAUGGCCUUUGUAGAUCUCUCUACACCAAUUUUCUUUGUUCCAAACCUUCUAGUCAGUUUACUGUACAAUCUGAGACACAUCUCUCUGCUGGGUUGUCUAGCACAGAUGUUCUUUAUGCAUUUUUUUGGUGGCUUCCAGUCAACAGUUUUGCUGUGGAUGGCUGUGGAUCGUUACUAUGCAAUCUGUACUCCUCUCCGCUACAAUGACUACAUGGCGUUCUCUGCGUUCCUCAAGUUCAUAGUUGCACCUGUGCUAAGAAACACUGUUUUCAACCUGGCCAUUGUCAGUCUGUCUGGAUCUCUGUCCUUCUGCCAGCAUGAGAUCGACCACUGUUUCUGUGAGCACAUGGCUUUGGUCACGCUGGCCUGUGGGACCAUACGCAUGAAUAACAUUGUAGGGCUUGUGGCUGCUUUCUGUGUCCCAACGGCUGAUUUUCUGUUAAUCGUUGCAUCUUAUGUUAGAAUAUUUUUCUCAGUGUUUAAGUCAGGGAAGUCCAGCCGAAAGGCUCUCAGCACCUGCGUAACUCAUAUUAUUGUCAUAACUGUUAGUUUAAUUUUGACCUUAUUUGCUUUUCUUUCCUACAGGAUAAAUUAUAACAUGUCAUCUAACAGUCGCACUGUAAUCAGUAUCAUGUAUGUACUUUUCCCCAGUUGCUUCAACCCAAUAAUUUACGGUGUCAGAACAAAGGAAAUUAGACAACAAAUAAUGAAAACUCUGAACUGCGGAAAAGUCGCCCCAUGACACCGAACAAAGAGCUUCAGCGGAAAGACGCUAUGAAAAUGUCCAAGGUUACCCUCGUAUGUUAACUGUUGUGUUGAAAAUGUGAAAAUGAAAAAGUAUUAAGUGUAGAAAUAUAAACUGGAAACAUUAACUUUUAUGAUUUAUUAGUAUGAUUAUCGGGGGCAGCAUGGUGGUGCAGUGGUUAGCACUGUUGCCUCACACCUCUGGGACCCGGGUUCGAGUCUCUGCCUGGGUCACAUGUGUGUGGAGUUUGCAUGUUCUCCCCAUGUCGUCGUGGGGUUUCCUCCAGGUACUCCGGUUUCCCCCCACAGUCCAAAAACAUGCUGAGGCUAAUUGGACUUGCUAAAUUGCCCAUAGGUGUGCAUGUGUGAAUGAAUGGUGUGUGAGUGUGCCCUGCGAUGGGCUGGCCCCCCAUUCUGGGUUGUUCCCUGCCUUGUGCCCAUUGCUUCCGGGAUAGGGACCCUCCGUGACCCAGUAGGAUAAGCGGUUUGGAAGAUGGAUGGAUGGAUGGAUGUGAGUGACUUGAAAAGUGAAAAAAGUAUUGUGUACAGAGAAACUGAAAAAAUAACUUAAGAUUUAUUAGUGUAAAACUAGUUAACACUUUUCCAUUUUUGUAAUGAUAAUUACUAUACCAUGUAAUCUUCUAAUGAUACAUUAAACUUCAGCAAUAUCAGUGAAAUUGUAACAAGUUGUGGUUUACUGGAUACAACAUAAUGUCUGUCGUUUAACUGAAGUACAAUGUUAAUUGGCCUUUUGGUGUAACAAUGCAUUAUGUAAGAACACCGCAUUGUGUAUCUCUUGGUCGAGUUACAGUAUCACUAGUGGGGUGUUAUUACACAAUGUGUUACAUUGUAUUCUAAUCGUA